GUUUGCCCUGGUCUGCCUGAUCGGGCCGUCAAAGAAAAAAUAGCUGGACAGGGGCUGCUGCCACGGCGGCCACUGCUGCUCCCCAUCGAUUUCCGCCGAACCGCGAAACCUCGCUAUUGCGCAACGCCAUGCCCCGUCCAUACGUGAAUCCUCCUCCCAACACCAUUGACCACAACAUCUCGUUCCGACCGUCUGUUUUUCCUUGCUGUGCUGUGCUCCAGCCCUCAUCACUCUCGCUAUUUUUCCUUACUCAGCAUUCGUUCCCGCAGUAUUUGCUGCUGUCUUCCCUGUUGAUACAUACUUUUACUUUCCAGCUUGUGUUUUUGGGUUGGUCUCGUCCCCGUAUACUUUGACAGAGCCCCAGAAGAAGCCGUCGAACUGCAGAUUCUUCGCCUCCACGCCGUCCGCUGCUGCUCGAACCAUCUGGUCCAUCCUGUACGCCGUGGAAAACUGUUGCCUCGUGCAGCUCAAAUCAGAAUCUUUGUCCCGUAAGGGGCGUCUGAUCCAUCAUGUCGAGCCAGACGAACGAGGACUCGCUGCCUUCGCUCCCGCUCCACCAGCAAUCCGACACGCAGUUGACUCAGCACCUCGCUGCCAGAUACUAUGCACAUCUCCCCACCGCUCGACUGAGCUCACAAGCUCUCAUCACGUUCAAUACGUAUACGUCGGCCACGGACGGAAAGAAUGGCACAGAGGAAGGAAGUGCCGCCGCGGCCACCAAAGAUCUUGCCACAAGACUCUGGGCCCGACUUGGCCAUCGACAGGAGAAUCAGGCAGUGUUGUUCUUGGGCGAAUCGGGCUCUGGCAAAACAACGAUUAGAUCACACCUGUUGACAGCUCUGCUCUCGUUUUCAUCCACCCCGCUGUCGAACAAACUUUCCUUCGCUGCCUACGUCUUCGACUCCUUGACAACAACAAGAUCGGCCACCACGCCCUCUGCAUCAAAGGCCGGGCUCUUCUACGAGUUACAGUAUGAAACAAGCUCCGCAAACCACCCAACCCUCAUUGGCGGCAAGCUACUCGAUCACCGCCUGGAACGAAGCAGGAUAUCGCGAGCUCCUGCCGCGGGUGAGCGCAACUUUCACAUCUUGUACUACUUGGUUCAAGGGGCGAGUGCCAAGGAUCAAGCACACCUGGGCCUCUUGAGCAAUGGCAACACUGCCCAUGGCGUAGGCAGCAGAGCGUCUUUGGGUCAAAAAAGAUGGCGGUAUCUUGGGCACCCAGCCCAGUUCAAGGCUGGAAUUCACGAUGAGGAAGGUUUCAAGCAGUUCCAGUACGCGUUGCGAAAACUCGAGUUUCCCGUUACCGAAAUAGCAGAGAUAUGCCAGAUUUUGGCUGCUAUCCUCCAUCUUGGACAACUCGAAUUCUACACCACAUCUGAUACCACCCCGGCAGCCAAUGACAGUGGCGGAUACUCACAUGAAGGCGGAGAAAAUGUGACCAAAGUUGCGAACAGGGACACAUUGGGAACUAUCUCCGCAUUUUUGGGUGUAACGGAGCAAGAUCUAGAGACCAUGUUCAGUUACAAGACGAAAACUCUGCAUAAAGAUCGGGUCACCGUCAUGCUCGACCCGGCCGGAGCCCAGAACAGCGCCGACGAGCUGGCGCGUACGCUGUAUGCUCUGCUUGUUGCCUGGAUCGUCGAGCGUAUCAACCGUCGGAUAUGUGCGAAUGAGGAGUUCGUUCACAACACUAUCUCGAUCGUUGAUUUCCCCGGCUUUGCAAAACAGGCCUCGUCCUCUUCGCAAAUCUUGGAUCAGCUGUUGAAUAACGCGGCUUCGGAGCAGCUCUACAAUGUCACACUGACGACCUUUUUCGAACGCCAAGUCGAACUUCUUGACAACGAAGAAGUAGCUAUUCCUCCCACGAGCUAUUUUGACAACAGCGAUGCAGUCCGUGGUCUUUUAAAACCAGGCAAUGGCUUGCUGAGCAUUCUAGACGACCAAGCAAAACGCGGUAAAACCGAUCAUCAGUUCCUUGACGCUAUUAGGAGGCGAUUCCAAGAUAAAAACCCCGCGAUUUCAGUGGGCAGUUCUACGACAAUCGUCCCUGGAAGCAACUUCGCAACCCGUAAUGCUGCUGCUGCCUUCACUGUCAGACAUUAUGCUGGUGAAGUCGACUAUCCAGUAGAGGGGCUGAUGGAGGCAAACAUGGAAGUCAUCUCUGGAGACAUGCUUAACAUGAUCGCAAAGACAAAGAGUCAUUUCGUGGGCGAACUGUUCGGUCAGGAAGUGCUCAACAAGGUCGUCCAUCCACAGGAACAGACUGCCGUCAUGCAAGCUUCGGUUGCCUCGAAGCCAACUCGCAAGCCGACCGUGAGCCGGAAGAAGUUUGACAGAUCUGCUCGUACCGCGGCGCGUCAACCUGCGAUCGAAGAUGAUCUCAUCAGUGAGCCGGAUAGUAGAACGAGCACUGUGGUCGGCGGCCGUGGUGGCAAGACGUCAGAUACUGCCCAGCCUGGUGCCGCUUCUCAGUUCUUGUCGUCCUUACAAGCCAUCAUGAGUAGCUUAACGGCACCGCACACAAACACAUACUUCGUCUUCUGCUUGAAGAGUAAUGACAAGCGCAUGACGAACAGCUUUGAUGUCAAGAGCGUCCGACAGCAGCUGCAGACUUUUGGUAUCGUGGAGAUUAGUCAAAGGCUACGUAACGCAGACUUCACAGUCUUCAUGCCAUUCGGUGAAUUCCUCACCCGGGCUGAAGGAGAUGCCAUCUUCGUGGGUAGUGACAGGGAGAAAUGCCAGGAUAUCAUCGACCAACGCCACUGGCCCGCCAAUGAGGCACGGGUGGGUAUCACGGGUGUUUUCCUCAGCGAACGUUGCUGGCUAGAAAUUGCAAAUAUAGAGUCUGUCCAUCUUCCGCCCCGCACGCGAUAUCUGGACGCUGAAACUGACGACGACGCGACACCCGGUUCGCGAGGAUUUGGCGACUCCAAUGUCCAUCUCGUCCCAUCGGGCGGUGGCUAUUACUCCGAUGACAAGGCUGGAGGCUAUUUCGGUGUGAAAGACGCAGACUUGAAGUCCGACGCUGGAAUGUCCGCCAUCAACGGCGACAUGUUCCGACACCUGGAUACUCGUUCGCAGAUGGCCGAGAAGGCGAAUGCAAAGGAGCAAAAGCUACAGAAUAUCGAGGAACAUCAAAUCUCCGGUAGCCGCAAGCGUUGGCUGUUCUUCGUGUACGCCUUGACCUUCUACAUCCCAAACUUUCUUAUCAGGUGGAUUGGUCGCAGAAAACGAAAGGACAUGCAGAUUGCGUGGCGAGAAAAAUUCGCCAUCAAUUUGCUCAUAUGGCUCAGCAUCGCUGGUGUCAUGUUCUUCAUGAUCGGUUUCCCCGAGCUGAUCUGUCCCCGCCAAAACGUGUAUACACAAUCGGAGCUGUCCGCAUAUGACGGCAAGAAUGGUCACAGUGCAUAUGUGGCUAUGCGAGGCAUCGUGUACGAUCUGAAUGCUUUUGCUCCUCGGCACUAUCCGAGCAUCGUUCCAGAGUCCGCUCUUUUGAAGUAUGCUGGCAAGGACGCGACUGCUCUAUUCCCUGUUCAGGUCUCCGCACUCUGCAAUGGUGUAGAUGGUACCGUCGAUCCUGCUGUCCAGCUAGACUUUCGGAACACCAACUACAGUGACACGAAGAAUCUUGUCAGCUCCACUGACCUGAACGCCCAGUACCAUGAUUUCCGUUGGUUCACAAAUGAUUCGCGGCCAGACUGGUGGUGGGAACAGCAAUACAUGCUUAAGCAUCAAUAUCAGAAAGGAAACAUCGGCUUCCCGCCCAAGUAUAUUGCAAAACUAGCCUCUCAGAAGAACGCGAUUGCCAGUAUACACGGCAAAGUGUAUGACUUGACAUCGUACAUCGCUGGAGGACGGACACCACAGUAUGGUUAUCAUGAGAAGCCAAGCACUCCGCCAAACUCCAAUUUUAUGGACCAGCGGGUAGUCGAUUUGAUCCAAAAUGGAGCCGGUGAGGAUGUUUCCAAAUACUGGGAUAACCUUGAUAUCGAUGCCGCUUUGAAAAGCCGCAUGCUGGUUUGUCUAAACAACCUAUUUUAUGUCGGCAAUGUGGACACUCGAAGCUCGACUCAGUGCUUGUUUGCCAAGUACAUUUUGCUGGCCAUUUCGAUUUUGCUCUGCAGUGUCAUCGGCUUCAAGUUCCUCGCUGCUCUACAAUUUGGCAAGAAGAACGUACCUGAAAACCUUGACAAGUUCGUCAUUUGCACGGUCCCGGCGUAUACGGAAGAUGAAGAGUCUCUGCGGCGCGCCAUCGAUUCCGCUGCUCGCAUGCGGUAUGAUGACAAGAGAAAGCUCCUCUUCAUCGUUUGUGACGGAAUGAUCGUUGGUCAGGGUAACGACCGCCCUACUCCACGGAUUGUUCUCGAUAUCCUUGGCGUGUCGGACACGGUGGACCCAGAGCCCCUCAGCUUUGAGAGUUUGGGCGAAGGUCAGAAGCAACAUAAUAUGGGUAAGGUUUACUCUGGUCUCUAUGAGGUCCAAGGUCAUAUUGUGCCGUUCAUCGUCGUAGUGAAAGUUGGAAAGCCAUCCGAAGUCCAGAAGCCUGGCAAUCGUGGCAAGCGUGACUCUCAGAUGGUCCUAAUGCGCUUCCUCAACCGCGUUCACUACAACCUGCCUAUGACGCCAAUGGAACUCGAAAUGCACCAUCAAAUCAGGAACGUUAUUGGCGUAAAUCCAACGUUUUACGAGUUCAUUUUACAGAUUGAUGCCGACACUGUGGUUGCUCCUGAUUCAGCCACUCGUAUGGUGGCCUCCAUGGUUGCAGACACGAGCAUUAUCGGUGUGUGUGGAGAAACCGCGCUUACCAACGCAAAAACUUCUGCCAUCACCGCCAUCCAGGUCUAUGAAUACUACAUCUCACACAAUCUCACAAAGGCUUUCGAAAGCUUGUUUGGGUCCGUCACAUGCUUGCCUGGUUGUUUCUCAAUGUAUCGCGUUCGCGCCGCAGAUACUGGCAAGCCACUGUUCGUGAGCAAGGACGUCGUCGAUGACUAUGCUGAGAUCCGAGUGGAUACACUACACAUGAAGAAUCUGCUGCACUUGGGUGAAGAUCGAUACUUGACGACACUGCUUAUGAAACAUCACCCCAAGUACAAGACAAAGUACAUCUUCCGCGCGCACGCCUGGACGAUUGCUCCGGAAAGCUGGUCCAUCUUCUUGUCUCAGCGACGUCGCUGGAUCAACUCUACUGUCCACAACCUCAUCGAGCUCAUCCCGCUUCAACAACUUUGCGGUUUCUGCUGUUUCAGCAUGCGCUUCAUCGUUUUCAUCGAUCUGCUGUCCACCGUUGUACAGCCAACUAUCAUCGGUUAUAUUGCUUAUCUGGUCUAUCUGGUAGUUACAAAUAGCACUGUCGUGCCCAUCACUGCAUUCAUUCUUCUCGGAGCCAUCUACGGUCUGCAGGCAAUCAUUUUCAUCCUCCGUAAGAAGUGGGAGAUGAUCGGAUGGAUGAUUAUCUAUGUCCUCGCGACGCCAGUCUUUGCAUGCGCUUUGCCCCUGUACGCCUUCUGGCACAUGGACGACUUCUCAUGGGGCAACACUCGUAUUGUCACUGGUGAAAAGGGCCAGAAGGUCGUCAUUUCCGACGAGGGCAAGUUCGAUCCUGCAAGCAUACCUCGCAAGCGAUGGGAAGAUUACCAAGCAGAGCUCUGGGAGGCGCAAACCCAGCAUGACAAUCAAAGCGAAGUGUCUGGCUUCUCGUAUGCUACGAAGAAUUUCCCUCAGGGUAGCGUGGCUGGUGCCGCCUCUCCCUGGCAGCGUGUUGCUACUCCCGGUUCAGAUUAUGCCAACGUCCCGCCAUCCAGGCCAAUCUCACACCUUGAUCUACCCAGAGCGAACAGCCGCAUGUCACUGGCUGCAAGUCAAAUGAUGGGUGGCGAGCUUUAUGACAUGGAGAUGAACGACAUCAACCUCCCGUCUGACGACGUGAUACUCUCCGAGAUCCGCAACAUUCUUCAACAUGCAGAUAUGAUGAAGACGAGCAAGAAGACCGUCAAGGAAGAGCUUGAGAGAAGGUUCCAGGUUGACCUCAGUUCCAAGAGAAAAUACAUUGGUUACUGUGUUGAGAGCAUCAUCAGUGGGCAGUUGUAAAUCAAAAAAAAAAUACUCGUCAGAGAAGGAUCCUCAUGAUUCAGUCUAUAAUUUAGCAUUGCAUUUGGAUAAUCAACGGGUAUUUUGAUGGUGUUUUAACUCCAGGAUUAAGGAACUGCUUGAAUUGUGGUUUUACGGCGUUAGACGGCGGGUAUUUUUCACCUUUAGCUAAAGACAUUAAUGUAUGAUGGUACAGUAUCUAAUCAACAUUUUCCAAUGACUUCUGUCACCCUAAAA